UGGAAGGGGGGGUUUUUGCAUCACGCUUCGUAUUGGCACGAUGAUGGCCCCCGCGAAUGGGAAUGAGUUUGAACGAGCUCGGCGUUGUCGCGGGCGUAUAAUAACCGCGGCAUGACGGGCGAUAACGUGCACGUUAGGUUGUGGUGUUUGUCUCGCCAUCGCCAUAGAUAGCGUUCUUGUGUAUCUCGUCGUUUAAGCAACGCAGAUACUGGCACCUAAAAUGGCGCGUACCUUCUUUUCACUCACGGCUGCGCUGUUGUGCGCCAUUGCGGGUGUCGCGCAUGGCGCAAACGACCAGUCCUUCCAGGCACCUGCUGCCACGGAGCCUACGGUCGUUCCAGGAUCCUACAUUGCGGAGCUUGAGGAUAGUGAGGACACCGGCGCCUUUAUCACCAGCCUGAAGUCCGACCUUGGUCAGGACAAUGUGUCCCAACGUACUGAGCUCAAGUCGAAACUUUUCAACGGCGUCUCGUUUCGUCUGUCUGAUGACUUGGUCCGUGAAAACGACAACACGACAGUCAGCAGGAUCGCCAGUCUACCCCAGGUCAAACGACUUUGGCCCGUCCAAAUCAUCCCCCGGCCGCAAGUGAACACUACAUGGACGGCAGAAGGGGUGCCCACCCAGUUCAACAGCCGCCAUCGUCGUCGCCAAGCCACAGUCGCAUACCCACCCCACGUCCAAACCCAGGUGGACAAGCUGCACGCCCGUGGCCUGACAGGAAAAGGCGUGCGUAUCAGUAUUAUCGACUCUGGCGUUGACUACUCCCACCCCGCGUUGGGCGGAUGCUUCGGUCCAGGUUGCGUCGUUUCGUAUGGUUACGAUUUGGUUGGUGACGACUACAACGGCGACAACGAGCCCGUGCCUGAUCAAGACCCCCUGGACCAGUGCUCUGGCCACGGCACCCAUGUGACCGGCAUCAUUGGCGCGCAGCAGGACAAGGUCGAAUUGACCGGCAGCGGGCUCAAGGGUGCAGCACCGGGAGCGACCCUGGGUAUGUACCGUGUAUUUGGAUGCACUGGCGGCUCUGGAACCGACGUUCUCAUUGCCGCGGUGAUCAAGGCGUUCGAAGAUGGCAGCGACAUCAUCACUGGAUCUUUGGGCCUUACAAGCGGCUGGAGCGAGAACCCGUUCGCAGUCACCGUGUCGCGCAUGGUGGCAGCUGGGGUGCACGUUACUUUUGCUGCAGGGAACGAAGUUGGCGGAACCGAGGGCAUGUUUGGUAUCAGUUCCCCGUCGACCGGAGACGGAGUGCUUGCUAUUUCCUCGUACGAGGCCUCUCUGGCUCCGACUUAUGACGCGGACAAAGGAACGGUUGUGUACGCGCCUGAAGCAGUCCAAAGCGGUAAAGUCAGCUACUUCACUAGCUGGGGGCCCAACUACGAGUUGCAACUCAAGCCACAGUUUGGAGCACCAGGUGGGCAGAUCCUCUCUCUUUGGCCUACAACUUUGGGAGGAUAUGCCGUGAACUCUGGCACUUCAAUGGCCACACCGCUUGCAGCGGGCGUCAUCGCGCUGUUUAUCGAGGCACGCGGCAAGAUCGCCCCUGGUGUGGUGGAGAAGAUGCUUUCUUCGACAGCGAAGCCGGCACAGUCUUUUCGCCUGUCUGAUGCAGGGGUCUGGAUUCCGAACGAUGGACUAGCUCCCGUUGUUCAACAAGGCGCUGGUCUGAUCCAGGCACUAGAUGCACUCGAUUCCACCAUGACAUUCGACGUGCCAAACCUGUCACUCAACGAUACGGAUAAUUUCUCCGGCUCCGCUUCGUUUAAAGUCACAAAUCUGGGACAAGAGACUGCCACUUACAAUGUUUCCCACUCGCCUGCCUUGACGGCUAACUCCCUUAGCACUAUCUACAGAAACUCGGCCCCUGACUUGAGCAAAGCUGCGGCAAGAGUAUCGUUUGAGCCAUCGACAUUGACUCUGGCGCCAGGUGAAAGCGCCGAGGUCAACAUUAUCGUCUCCCCACCUACCGACACCGGCUUCGAUCCCACAAGCCUGCCCAUGUACUCUGGGUGGGUGGUGCUCAAUGGUACCGGCAGCACGGGUCCUGCCCAGUCGUUGUCGUUGCCCUAUUUUGGAUCCACCGGCUCCAUGCGCAACGCAACGGUCAUGGCCGUCAGCAGGAUGUUGAUGUUGGACACUGGGAAUUUGAUAGGCAGCGGUCUGCGAGAUAAUGUAACAUUCCAGCUUGCCGCACCAAGCACGCACCCUGAAUGGGCCGUUGGUGCCGGCAACGUGACGACCGAGGUUCUCGCAGUCGGAUCCAUGCCGGUAGCAUACAUAUGGCUGGUGCUGGGCAGCGCCGAGGUCAGGAUGGAGGUGGUGCCACUUGAGGAACCGGCGGUGGGAGAUGCCAAAGACAAUGGACUGGGCGUGAAAGUACUUGGCAGCGCGGGAGCAGAUUUCCCGGUCAAGUAUAGCCGUCCUUUGGGGACGCUGACAGCCUGGGAUGGUAGCCUGGGUGAUGGGAUGUGGGUCCCGGCUGGGCGAUACCAAAUUCAUGUAUCUGCACUCAAGAUCAUGGCCGACAGGACGAAACCUGAGUCUUGGGAUGUGUACCACUCGCCCGAGUUUUACAUUCGUUGGGUUAAGGCUACUUAGAUUUUGUGUAGGUUAUUGCCGCUGGUGUGAAAGCAUGUUGGUAGGAAGUAUUCCUUGUAUGCCUAGGGAGAUACACUUGAUUACUUAUCUUAUCCACCAUGCUCUGGGUUAAAAAUUAACUUGAA